UCUGUUAGGAAAGGAGGUCGCCCGUUUGCUUCCGUGCGUGUGCGGUCAGCAUGCAGGCACAAUUCCUGCCAAAACAAACCACGCUCCCUCUUCACAUGAACGGCUGAGCGCGUUCUGUGGGGAAUGGGGCUUCCCGAGUCUCCUGACCUGCCCGGGCGGUAUGCAACACUUCCUGAGCAAAGGGCAGAGCUGGCAGGGGACAGCAUGAACCAAGAGGACUGGAACGCAGAGAUGGGGGACAAGGAAUCGGCAGUCCUCCUACCCCUUCAGCAGGCUGACUUCUCUGAAAGACCAAGUGGCCCCUCUUUUGGCUUCAGUCCACAUAUGUGCUCAUUGGGUGCUAUUGAAAGACCUAACAGGAGUCAGGAUAUGCAGAAUUAUUUUGAAGUGUAUGGUAGGAGUAGAGAUGCUGGUGAAUGUGUGAACAGACGAUGUCAACCAGUGAAUAGAUUUAGUAGUAGAAGGAGUUUUGGAAACAGAGGUUUUCAAGAAAGGAAUGUUGUAGGAGAUUCUAGUACACAGAGUAGAGGCUUUAGAGGAUUUCCUCUUGGCUUUGGACGAGGUGAAAUUACAGGUAUUAAAGAUGAGCAAAGAGAUGGACCUCAGUCUGACGUUUUUCUUGGCUCUAGAGGAAGAGGAGCAUUUGGAGGUCAUGCAGCAGCUUACAAAGAAUGCAAUGAACAAAUAGGUUCUGAAAGAGGUCCAAAGGUGACUUAUGUGCCCCCUCCUCCACCUGAUGAUGAACAAGCCAUCUUUGCACAUUAUCAGAUGGGAAUUAAUUUUGACAAGUAUGAUGAAAAUGUUGUUGAAGUGUCAGGACUUGACCCUCCAGCACCAUUACUGGCUUUUGAAGAGGCUAACCUCUGUCAGACUUUAAACAUGAACAUUGCUAAAGCUGGAUACUCUAAACUUACUCCGGUGCAGAAGUACAGCAUUCCUAUUAUACUGGCAGGACGGGAUUUAAUGGCAUGUGCCCAAACAGGAUCAGGAAAAACUGUAGCUUUUCUUCUACCAAUUGUGGCCCACAUGAUGAGAGAUGGCAUAACUGCCAGUAGCUUUAAAGAGAAGCAAGAGCCGGAAUGUAUUAUUGUUGCCCCAACUAGAGAACUGAUAAAUCAGAUCUUCCUAGAAGCAAGGAAAUUUGUUUAUGGAACUUGUAUAAGGCCUGCUGUCAUCUAUGGAGGUACACAAACAGGCCAUUCAAUUCGUCAGGUAAUACAAGGUUGUAAUAUACUAUGUGCCACUCCAGGAAGGCUUCUAGACAUCAUUGGAAGAGAGAAGAUUGGUUUGCAUCAUGUGAAAUAUUUGGUGCUAGAUGAAGCAGACCGCAUGCUUGAUAUGGGUUUUGGGUUAGACAUGAAGAAGCUGAUUUCUUACCCAAGUAUGCCACCAAAAGACGAACGCCAAACACUAAUGUUUAGUGCCACUUUUCCUGAAGCAGUUCAGAGGCUGGCUUGUGAAUUUUUGAAAACUGAUUAUUUAUUUGUUGUGGUUGGACAUGUGGGUGGAGCUUGCAGUGAUGUUCAGCAAAAUAUUCUUCAGGUUCCUCAGUAUUCCAAGAGGGAUAAACUCAUAGAAAUCCUACAAAGUAUAGGUCAUGAAAGAACCAUGGUGUUUGUGGACAAAAAGAAAAAAGCAGACUACAUUGCAGCCUUUCUUUGUCAAGAAAAAAUAUCAGCCACUAGCAUCCACGGAGAUAGAGAACAGAGAGAAAGAGAGGUAGCUCUUCACAAUUUUCGUUCUGGAAAAUGUCCAGUUCUCGUGGCAACGUCAGUGGCAGCAAGAGGUCUGGAUAUUGAAAAUGUUCAACAUGUUAUUAAUUUUGAUCUUCCUUCCAACAUUGAAGAGUAUGUACACCGAAUUGGACGAACUGGUCGUUGUGGAAAUACAGGCAAAGCAGUUUGCUUCUUUGAUACCAGUUCAGAUGGCCAUCUUGCACAAUCUUUAGUUAAAGUGCUUUCAGAUGCUCAGCAGGAAGUUCCUGUUUGGUUGGAAGAAAUUGCUUUUGGUUUUCAAGGAGGAAAAGUUAAUGCAUCAGUUAGUGCCCAAACGAAUUACAGAGGCAGAGGAAGCAUCAACCCAGGAGGAAUGAAGAUGUAUUCUGCAGAUGCAUUGGAGUCAUGGGAUUAAAACUACUUCACUACCGAACUAGGUUGUAUUCUGUUGUGUUUUCAGUGAACUGUUGUACUUAAUGUGCCUUACUGUUGAGUUUAUGGAACAUGUAACGUUUAAGGGAGUAGCUCGUAUUGUGUACUAAAGCUUUCAGCAUUGUAUAUGUACUCUGUUAAGAUCUUGAGUGGUAAUCAUCACAAUGGAGGAAAUGAAAAACAGUUUUUUAGGAAACGCUUCAGGUAUUAGGUGUUAAAAUUUUCAGUUAGUGUUUAAUGCCUGGUAGCUGGUAUGCUGUUAUAAAAAUGUUUUGGUUUUGUAUCUUUUUUUCCCCCUGAAUUUACUGCUUAGUUAUCAAAAUUUUGCAUGGAAGAUAGUCCUGUGAAGACCUAGUUUGGGAAAGAGCUUUUUCCACAGGGCUCGUCUAAACUUUAUGUUCAUUCUGGUUUGUAACAGGUCAGUUAUAAAAUCUGAAUCUAGGCUUGACAUGACUUAAUCUUAAGGAUCUGUUAACUACCUUGUAAACAGUUACUUAAUAAAAGCUUGAGGAGUGCA